AUGGCUUUACAGGACCUGUGCGACCUCCGGGACGUCUCAUUGGACAGUUCAACCACCGGAUGCUCUUCACAGCUUUUUGGGACGAACACCGGCUGGGACUGUGUGCGUGGUUCGCCCUUUGGCCACACCUCCAGCCAGUUUAAGUUCUACAUACCAGUCGCGGAAUACUUGGACGAGAGCCCGAUCCGGUUUGGACAGAUCCGCCCCGCCUCUUCUCGCGACUCCGUCCUGCAGCCCCCCUCCGGGCCCGCGGGUUUCCUUCCGGCCACCUCUCAGACCGUCCCUCUGCCCUUCCCCAUGUCCCACGGCACCACCACCCUGGCCUUCGUGUUUCAGGGCGGCGUCCUGGCCGCGGCGGACACUCGCUCCAGCUGCUCGGGUCUGGUGGCGUGCCCGGCCUCCCAGAAGAUCCUGCCCAUCCACAGCCACCUGGUGGGCACCACGUCGGGCACCUCGGCCGACUGCGCCCUGUGGAAGCGCAUCCUGUCCCGCGAGCUGCGGCUCUACCAGCUCCGCCACGGCCGCCGCCUGUCCACGAGCGGGGCGGCCAAGCUGCUCGCCCGCAUGCUCCACCCGUUCAAGGGGACGGAGCUGUGCGUGGCCGCCACGCUGUGCGGGUGGGACGGAGGGGAGGCCAAAGCUGAGGGCCAAAGGGCCUCUCCGAGCUCCUCCGGGCCCGGCCUGUGCUACGUGUGCAGCGAUGGCACCCGCCUGCAAGGGUCGCUCUUCUCCGUCGGCUCGGGGUCGCCCUACGCCUACUCCAUCUUGGACCAAGGGGUCCGAUGGGGGCUGACGGCGGAGGAGGCCACGUGCGUAGCCAGGGAGGCCGUGUACAGAGCCACGCACAGGGACGCGUGGUCGGGGAACUGCGUGGACGUCUAUCACGUCACCUCCAAAGGAUGGACCCGCAGGGGCAGAGAGGACCUGAAAGAGGAGUACUACCGGGAGAGAGGGAGGGAG